UUAAUUAUUUCUUUCCGCCUGGAGAGUUGCCACCUCCUUAUGAAUCAGUCUACUCGGUAGAGAAUAUUAGGCGCAUGUCAAACGAUGGAGAUUUACAACAAAAUCCCACAUUACAAUCUUCCGCAGAGAAUAAUGGCGGAGAUACUCUACCUGAAAGUGAUGUUGAGUCAGUCGUGAAAUUGAACGUGAGAGAUGAUGGGACAUUUGAAGAUGUAAAUUUAAUGACGUCAAGUUCAACAUUGCCUCCGGGUGCUAGUGGAGGUGUUGCAACAGAACUGCACACCUUACCCGAGAUACAAGAUGUUGAUGAUGAUGUUAUUUUUGUUACCAGGAUCAGUUAG